AAAUCUGUUGACUCUUGUUAAAAUUGGGAAAGAAUAUUUUAAAUAUGAGAUAUUUGGACAUAAUUUUUUAGGUCAUCGGUAAAGAAGGCAACCAGAUCACCGACCGCCCAUGCACCAGAGAAUAUUUUGAGAAAUUUGUUAGGAGCUUUUUUUUUAUGGGCACUGUUAUUCGGCUCCAGUUCUUGGUGCCUGGAAAGUGUCCACAAUGUUCGUGGCCCUUCUCAGACAUCAUGAUCUUAUUCCGUCGGCCUCACAUUUGGAGAAAUUUUACAGUUUUGGCACUCGCCGGAACGGAGACGAAGGAUUAUCCUCAUCAUCUAAAUACAAAAUUGGAAUCUUUAAUCGUGAACACUCAUUUCGCAAAUCAGGUAGAUUUGGCCGAAGUUAACAGCGAGUUGAAAAAAUUAGUGAGAACCAGUCAGUUGAAAGAUGCACGCGACAUGUUUGAUAAAAUGCCUCAAAGGGAUGGGGUUUCGUGGACUAAUAUUAUUUCUGGGUAUGUCAAUGCCUCAGACUCCACUGAAGCCUUGCUUUUGUUCUCUAAGAUGUGGCUUCAGUCUGAGCUCCGAAUUGAUCCCUUUGUGCUUAGUCUUGGUUUUAAGGCUUGUGGGCUCGGUUUGAAUUGUUCUUAUGGUACAAAUUUGCAUGGGUUUUCAAUCAAAACAGGUCUAGUAAACUCUGUUUUCGUGGGUAGCGCUCUUCUUGACAUGUAUAUGAAAAUUGGAGAAGUUGGGAGAAGUUGUGAAGUGUUCGAUGAAAUGCCCACAAGAAAUACUGUGACUUGGACGGCAGUUAUAACUGGGCUUGUUCGUGCUGGUUAUAACGAGAAAGGUCUGGCUUACUUUUCUGAAAUGGGGAGGUCGAAGGUGGAAUAUGACUCGUAUGCAUAUGCUAUAGCAUUGAAGGCCAGUGCUGAUUCAGGUGCACUGAAUCAUGGAAGAGCAAUUCAUACACAGACAUUGAAGAAAGGAUUCGAUGAGAGCUCCUUCGUGGCCAAUUCGCUGGCUACCAUGUAUAACAAAUGUGGUAAGCUAGAUUAUGGUUUGUAUAUGCUUGGAAAGAUGAGAGCUCCCGAUGUUGUUUCGUGGACGACAAUGGUAACGACCUACGUUCAAAUGGGUAAGGAGGAAUGCGGGAUUCAAGCAUUUAGAAGAAUGCAGGACAGCAAUGUGAUUCCAAAUGAAUAUACAUUUGCUGCUGUUAUCUCUGGUUGUGCCAAUCUUGCACGGUUGAAGUGGGGGGAACAGCUACAUGCUCAUGUUUUACGUGUGGGGUUUCUGAAUGCUUUGUCAGUUGCUAAUUCUAUCAUGACCAUGUACUCAAAAUGUGGGGAGUUAGCUUCAGUUUCAAAGCUAUUUUGUUCCAUGAAUUUUAAAGAUGUCAUUACUUGGAGCACUAUAAUUGCAGCAUAUUCUCAAGUAGGCUAUGGCAAAGAAGCUUUCGAGUAUCUAUCACAGAUGAGAAGCGAAGGAUCGAAACCAAACGAGUUUGCCCUGGCUAGCGUUCUUAGUGUAUGUGGAAGUAUGGCGAUUCUCGAGCAGGGGAAGCAAUUACAUGCUCAUGUUUUGUCUGUUGGGUUAGAACAAACAGCCAUGGUAUGUAGUGCCCUUAUUAUUAUGUACGCAAAAUGUGGGAGCAUCACGGAAGCUUCUAAAAUAUUUAUGGAUUCAGUGAAAGAUGAUAUUAUUUCAUGGACAGCUAUGAUCAGUGGGUAUGCGGAACAUGGGCAUAGCCAAGAAGCCAUUGAAUUGUUUGAAAGUAUCCAAAAGGUUGGUUUGAGACCAGACUCGGUGACCUUCAUUGGCGUUCUUACUGCGUGUAGCCAUGCAGGAAUGGCUGACCUUGGCUUCCACUACUUCAACUCAAUGAGUAAAGAUUAUCACAUCACUCCUUCAAAAGAACACUAUGGAUGCAUGAUUGAUCUUCUUUGUCGAGCAGGGCGAUUAAAUGACGCAGAGAGCUUGAUCAAAAGCAUGCCAUUUCAACCGGACGAUGUAGUCUGGUCUACUUUGCUGAGGGCAUGUAGAAUACAUGGUGAUGUUGAUUGUGGACAACGUGCUGCUGCAGAAGUUCUAAAGUUAAACCCAAAUUGUGCUGGGACUCACAUAACCUUAGCAAACAUUUUUGCGGCUAAGGGAAAGUGGAAGGAAGCAGCAAAUAUAAGAAUGAUAAUGAAAUCAAAGGGAGUGGUUAAGGAGCCAGGAUGGUCUUCGAUAAAGCUCAAGGAUAGCGUUUUCGCGUUCGUUGCUGGAGAUCGUUCUCCGCCACAAGGAGAAGACAUAUACAGAAUGCUGGAGGAGUUGGCUUCAGGAAUGGAAAUCUAUAUUCUUGAAUUGAACCAUUUAGUUACUGAUAUGGAGGAAUAGCAGAAGAUUAUAUUAAAUAGAAUAGAACAAGUGAAAGUUUGAAGCUUGGAAGAGAUUUGUAUUCUUCAAAGAUCUUUCAUAAAUGUACAGAUGCCUUUUAGGCCUUUUUUU